AUGGCCAGCAAAGUCACUGCUAAGCCUGGCUACAUGCUGUCUCGUGGCUUUUCUGCUAACACGAGCAUCUGGCUUAUUGAGAUAGCUCGUGAACUGCCCCAUACAGUUCAUCUUGACGGUAUAGAUAUAAACUUCGGACAAUGUCCCCCAAAAGAGUGGCUCGCCGAAAAUAUUACAUGGGUCACGCAGGACAUCUUUUCAGAUCCUCCUGCAGAGCUGCGAGAGAAAUAUGAUGUGAUCCAUGUGCAAUUAUUCAUAACGCUGAUCCGAGAUGGAAAUCCUGUACCGAUGUUGAAGAACUUGAUCAAAAUGCUUAAGCCAGGAGGCUACAUAUCCUGGGGUGAGUGGGACGUUGCUACAUGGGAAGUCAUCCGCGCCCCUUCCGCUUCAUCGCAAACGAACGGAGAGCUAGAAGAGCUCAAAGAGUACACCUCUACGCUGGGAAAAACAAGACCUGGUCCAAGUUUCAUCAGUAGUGGGUUCAAUGGUGUCUCGAAAGUCAUCGUCGAUCGGCAAAAGUUCUCAACAGAGAUUGCCACAUUGUUACUAGAUACCUGGAUAAUGGCGAGCCAAGAGAUUGCAGCCAAUGUUCUGGAUGGCUUGGGAGGUGGUCAGGGAGAUGUUGCGAGGGCAUUGAUUGAGGAGGUGGGAAGGAACCGGGGAAAUACAGCGUUCAAUUUGGAGAGAGUAGUCACUAUUGGCAGAAAACCGCUUGAUUAA